GGAGGAGAGGUGCACGUGUUCCACGGCGAUAAUUAAAUCAAAACAACCUCCUGUCAAAAAUGUGCCAAGGAGCCGUUUAACUUGAGAAUCAGCAGUACGACGCUCUACCCGUAAACCUGUUACCCAAGAUGAACAGCAGUGGACCCGCAUAUCCUCUUGCUUCUCUGUAUGUUGGGGAUCUGCACCCUGAUGUUACAGAGGCCAUGCUUUACCAGAAGUUUUCUCCUGCUGGACCAAUCAUGUCGAUCCGUGUGUGCCGCGACAUCAUCACCCGCAGGUCUCUGGGAUAUGCCUACGUAAACUUCCAGCAACCUGCUGAUGCGGAGUGUGCCCUGGAUACGAUGAACUAUGAUGUCAUCAAGGGUCGGCCAAUCCGAAUAAUGUGGUCUCAACGUGACCCGGGACUCAGGAAAUCUGGUGUGGGUAACAUCUUUAUCAAGAACAUGGAUGAGUCUAUCGACAACAAAGCGCUGUAUGACACCUUCUCAGCCUUUGGAAAUAUUUUGUCCUGCAAGGUUGUUUGUGAUGAGAGAGGAUCCAAAGGCUAUGGAUUUGUUCACUUUGAGACUCAAGAGGCUGCAAACCGGGCCAUUGAAACAAUGAAUGGAAUGCUGCUGAAUGACAGGAAAGUAUUUGUUGGCCACUUUAAGUCACGCAAGGAAAGAGAAGUGGAGUUUGGCAGUAAGGCUAUGAAGUUCACCAAUGUCUAUAUCAAAAAUUUUGGUGAGGACUUCACUGAUGAGAAACUCAAGGACAUUUUCUCUGCAUUUGGGAGAACUCUCAGUGUGCGGGUGAUGAAGGAUGAGAGGGGUCAUUCAAGAGGAUUUGGCUUUGUAAACUAUGCUCACCAUGAAGAUGCUCAGAAGGCUGUUGAUGAAAUGAAUGGAAAGGAGAUCGAUGGGAAAAUCCUAUAUGUAGGGCGGGCACAGAAGCGUCUUGAGCGCCAGGGAGAGCUCAAGCGCAAGUUUGACCAGAUCAAGCAGGACCGGAUCCAGCGCUAUCAGGGCGUGAAUCUGUAUGUAAAGAACUUGGACGACAGCAUUGACGAUGAGAGACUCCGGAAGGAGUUUGCUCCUUACGGCACCAUCACCAGCGCAAAGGUCAUGACGGAUGGCUCUCAAAGCAAAGGAUUCGGCUUUGUCUGUUUCUCUUCCCCGGAGGAGGCAACAAAAGCAGUGACUGAAAUGAACGGGAGAAUUGUUGCAACUAAGCCACUGUAUGUGGCUCUGGCUCAGCGGAGGGAGGAGCGCAAAGCAAUUCUGACCAAUAAAUACAUGCAAAGACUUGCAACCCUGAGAACCAUGGCCAGCCCGAUCAUUGACUCAUACCAUCAGUCUGGAUACUAUGUGACAGUACCACAGCCUCCCACGCGCUCCUUUUACAACCACAGUGCUGUCAGCAGUGUGAGACCAGUCCCUCGUUGGGCAGGACAACCACCAAGACUGCAGGGCCCCUACUCCACCCAGUUGAUUGCUGGCUCUGUACCUCGACGUGGAUCGACCCCCAUCGCUACAGUAAGACAGGCUUCCACCCAGGCCCCACGCAUCAUAACAUCCUCACAAAAGACAAAUGACAUUGGAACCCAGACUGUGGGAGGGCGCACUGACAUUGCCAAUGUUGCCAGAAGCAGCCAGUACAAGUAUUCGUCUGCAGUGAGGAACCCUCAGCAGGUUGUUACUGUGCCUGUACCCAUGCCCAGAAUACAGGUUGUUCCUGCACCUGUGAUGGAGCCGCCAGUACACAUUCAAGUUCCAGAGCCACUCACUGCCUCAGUGCUGGCUGCAGCCCCACUCAUGGAUCAGAAACAACUCCUUGGGGAGCGACUGUACCCGCUGAUUCAUGCUCUGCACCCAAACCUGGCUGGAAAAAUCACCGGGAUGUUGCUGGAGAUCGACAACUCGGAGCUGCUGCACAUGCUGGAGUCGCCCGAGUCCCUACAUGCUAAGGUGGACGAGGCGAUCGCAGUCUUGCAGGCUCACCAGGCAAAGGAACAGUCUCCUAAGAAGUGAAGAAGCCUUAAAGAUAUCAACGAUUCUCUGGAGGAGGGAAAAUUAUAAAAUGAGUACACUUUGGGGGAAAGAGGGGAUAAAAGUUCUAUGUAGAUUAAACUGAUGAUGUGAAGAGAUUGAAGAUAAAGCUAUUUUGUUGUUGCAGUACCUUUUGUUAGAAGAUAAAG